AUGAAUCUCCCGGCGACUCUCAGUGUCGAUCUCCUCGAGGAUGAAAAACCUCCAUCUCUCUCUCGACGGCUCACCUCGAUGAAGAAUCACUUCACCUCUUUCUCCGGCCCGGAGCUCUCCUCGAGGAAAUCAAAACGAAAGAUGGAUGGAUGGAUCAAGAGACAGAAGAGCAAGGUUAACGUUGGCAAAGAAGUACAAUGCAAUAGAGUCUUUGGUGACGUUUCAGAUAGUGUUUCACUAUCUUCAUCGCAAGUUCCCUUCUUAGGCAGCCAAGGCACCGAAGAUUCAUACUUUGAUGAAGACACUCAAGCCAGUCGCAAAGAAAGGACGUGGACGCUAACAGACGAUGUAGUGCUCAUCAGCUUCUGGUUAAACACGAGCAAAGAUCCCGUAGUAGGGAAUGAGCAAAGGUCUCUUGCUUUCUGGAAAAGAAUUGUUGCAUACUUCUCGCCCACGAAAUCUUCUUCACCAGCUAUAAAAAAAAAGUGCACCCUUGAGCAUGCUUGGAAAGAGUUGCGUAAUGACCAGAAGUGGUGUGAGCUGUCUACGGCUAAAAAUGAUGGAAGCUCCAAAAAGAGGAAGUGUGGGGAUUGUUCACAUUCAGCAAGCUCUAAAGCAAAUGAAGAAGAUUCUGCUGACGAUGAUGAAGGAACAAACCAUCCCCCGGGUGUUAAGGCAGCAAAAGCCCGUUCUAAGAAGACAAUAGUUGAUGAGGAGCUGUGUGAGUUUCAGACAAUGUGGAGCAUCAAGAAGCAUGAUUUGGCUUUGAAAGAAAGACUGUCUAAGAUAAAGCUACUUGACAAUCUCAUUGCUAAACAAGGACCACUAGCGGAUUAUGAAGAAGCUUUGAAGAAGAAACUCAUUAAUGAGUUGAUGUCUAAUUAG